GCUCAGAGAGGGGGAUGCUGCGCGAUACGGAGGUGUUAUCAGCUUAAGAAUAUUGGAGCACCCCUCGCGGCAAUUAUAACUGGCUCUGAGAGAGAGCGCAUGCAUGCGCAUAACACGCUCCCGCUGAUGAUUCCGACUUUGCAGAAUUAGACAGCAUCAUUUGCAGAUACCUUCCUUUGAGAGCGGUCUGACUCACAGUGGGCUGCCUCAGACCAGUAGGACGUGCCUGUCUACUAGUGGUCCGGUCUGCUGCUUGUCCAGAGGUGUGCCACUCCAGAACCUCUACACUUCACUCUUGCGCCCCUGCGCCCCCGAUCACCUGCCCCAGGUCUCCCCAAGGCAGCCAUGACAGACACGGUGAUGAGCGGAAACUCAGACCGGUGGGCCGGCCCCGGCGACAGGCAGAUGGCCAGGCAUGGCACUGAUAAGGACCAGAGUGGCUGGGCAAUGCACCCUGGCCAGGGGGAUUGCCUGCCCGGCGCGGACCUGACGGACGAGGAGAAGGAGAUCAUUAACAACGUGAUCGCACGGGCCGAGAAGAUGGAGGCCAUGGAGCAGGAGAGGAUUGGUCGCCUGGUUAACCAGCUGGACGACAUGAAGAAGACGGCCCGCGGAGACGGCGUGUCCCGAUGCCUUCUGUGCGGGGAGCAGUUCGGCGCGCCUGGGGUCAGCCCUGUGGUGUGCGCCGAGUGCAAGAAGAAUAUGUGCAGCAAGUGCGGUGUACAGAGCAACAACCGACCCAGGUCCGUGUGGCUCUGCAAGAUCUGCAGUGAACAGAAAGAGGUGUGGAAGCGAUCUGGGGCCUGGUUCUUCAAGGGCCUGCCCAAGCAGUUCCUGCCGUCGCCCAUCCCGAUCUCCAAGGCCAAAGAGCCCGCCACCCAGCCCCCGCCGGCCUCCCAGGAGCCACCAGCCCCAGAGUCUGGGGCUUCCAGGGCCCAGAGCAGGGGCCCUGCAGAGACCCAGGCCUCCAGCACAGAGCCACAGGUGACAGAAACAGAACCCACUGGAGGGCGAGGAAGCCGCCCCCCUGUGGCCCCAAAGCCCUCUGUAGUGCGGGCGGGGGCUAGCGGAGGUGAGAGCGCAGACUCCUACCUCAGGGAGGGGGACAGUGAGGCUCAGCAAAGCCCUGUGGUGGUGAAGAAGGCGGUCCCAGUCCAAAGCUCCAGACCUCCCCCAGCCUCGGCUGUCCCCGUGGCCCAGCAGGCUCCAGCACCAGCCCCUGAGGUUGAGAGCGGCUACGCUACCACAGUCCAGAGGGAGGAGAGAGCAGCCCCUCCAGUCCGGCAGCCGGCCACCCAGAACCCUCCCCCUGUGCGCCAACAGCAGCCCCCUCCCGAGGAGGAGGAAGAGGCCAACAGCUACGACUCAGAUGAAGCCACCACACUGGGCUCCCUGGAGUUCAGCCUGUUAUAUGAGCAGGAGAACAACGCCCUGCACUGCAGCAUCGUGCGGGCCAAGGGUCUGAAGCCGAUGGAUUCCAAUGGGCUGGCCGAUCCUUACGUGAAGCUGCAUCUGCUUCCAGGGGCAAGCAAGUCCAACAAGCUACGGACCAAAACCCUACGCAACACUCGAAACCCUGUCUGGAAUGAGACGCUGGUGUACCACGGACUCACAGAUGACGACAUGCACCGCAAAACCCUCAGGCUCUCCGUCUGUGAUGAGGACAAGUUUGGGCACAACGAGUUCAUUGGGGAGACCCGAGUGGCCCUGAAGAAGCUGAAGAUGAACCAGAAGAAGAACUUCAACGUGUGCCUUGAGAGGGUGGUCCCGAUGAAGCGGACAGGAACAGCAGGCUCAGCACGAGGCAUGGCGCUGUACGAGGAAGAGGUGAAGGAGACUGGAGAGACAGAGGAGAGAGGCCGGAUCCUGGUGUCACUCACAUACAACUCCCAGCAGGGCCGGCUCGUUGUGGGCAUCGUGCGCUGUGCCCACCUGGCCGCCAUGGAUGCCAACGGCUACUCCGACCCCUUUGUCAAAAUCUGCCUAAAACCAGACAUGGGAAAGAAAGCUAAGAACAAGACUCAGAUCAAGAAGAGGACUCUGAACCCAGAGUUCAAUGAAGAGUUCUACUAUGAGAUUAAACACAGCGAGCUGGCAAAGAAGACCCUGGAUAUCUCUGUGUGGGAUUAUGACAUAGGGAAAUCCAACGACUAUAUUGGCGGCUGCCAGCUUGGCAUCACAGCAAAGGGGGAGCGCCUGAAGCACUGGUAUGAGUGCCUGAAGAACAAGGACAAAAAGAUAGAGCGCUGGCACACCCUUCUGAAUGAAAGCCAUGUCUCCAGCGACUAGGACACCCCUGCACCCCC